AUGGGAGCGGCACAGAACGGGCAGGAGAUGAGGGCACAGAGCGAUGGGAGCGGCACCUGCCGCCGGCCCGGCCCCGUCUGCCCCGGUGGGGCCAUGGCCGGCCGUGCCCGCUGGCUCCCGGCGCUCUCGGCGCUGCUGCUGCUGCCGCUGCUGCCGCCGGCGCUGCCCCGCCGCCCCUCGGGCUGCGCCGGCCUCGGGCUCUGCUGCCCCGGCCGCGACCGUGGCUGCCUGAGCGCCGGCCUGCGGCCCGACGGCUCCUCCGGGCCCUGCUACUGCGACCAGGUGUGCGCCCGCGCCCUCGACUGCUGCCACGACUACGCACGGGCCUGCCCAGCGAUCCCCUGUGUCGUAUCUCAGUGGAGUGCCUGGAGUGGCUGUGCAGUGCCUUGCAAGACAACCUAUCGAGUCCGGACGAGGCACAUCAUCCAGGAGCCCAGCAACGGGGGAGAAUCAUGUCCUGCUCUGGAGGAGAGGGCUGGCUGCGUGGAGUACUGGACUCGGCAGGGAACAGAGUGCCAGCAGUCCCUCAUCCCAGCAUUAAUAACUACGGGAGGGUUUGGAAAAGCAAGGAAGAAAAGAGCUGCAGCUGAUGGCAGUGAAAGGGCAGGGAAUCAGCUGUUGCACUGGCAGGCGGUGGGGAACCGUCGAUGCAAGGGAACCUGGAGGAGAAUUCGCCGACUGGACACUUGUUCCUGCCCUUCUGUUCACAGUUUCUUGUUCAUCUGACCUCUCCUGGCAGUCCCUGCAAGCCCCAGUGUGCGGCAGCAGCAGAGCCCCAGCCAGAGCAGGGACUGCUCCGUGUCAGAGCCUUUGCUUUCCCUGCCUUUCCAGAGGUGCUGGCUGGACACAGCCACCUGGAAUCCUCUGUGUGUGUGUGUAAUCCUCAAUUUCCAAGGAUAUCAGGUGGGAACUGCCAAUCUCUUUUUUUCCCUGAGAGAAUCUUGUCUUGUCUGACCUUGAUGACUUCUUGCAAUUACUCCCUUCUUGAAAGGAAUGAGAAUUUACCAAAUACCAAAUCAAACAAAAAAGGCCAUAAGAAGUCAGGUUUAAUUAUUAUUUUUUAAAAGUCUUAAUGAAGAAUCAACAAUGCAAAAUAAAUUAAUCUAAGUGCCUUCUUUUUGUGGCAACAGCACUUUGUGGAUACUUCCUGCUCUUGCUUGUGAUUCUGUUCCUUCUAUUUUUAUCCUCCCUGGUCUCAUAAUUUCAUUUGGCCCUCAGUCUUAGAGAGGGUUGAUCUUGUGCUGCUGAGGUAAUGACAGAACUUAGAAAUGCGCUUGUCAAAUCUGUGAGAAUAGAGACAAACUGGCCCUUGACUUCAGCUUCAAGGAACAUCUCUGAGUUGGCCCAAAAGGCAAUGCAGUCUCCUGGGGCUCUGAAUAGGAAGUCAGCUCAGCUGUGCCAGGAGGGCUGACUAUAGCCUUGUGUUUUUGACUGGGAAAUACUUGGAAUAGUUUCCUUAUAUUCUGCUUACUAAUAUUAAUACUUUUCUAUAAAUGAAAAUAAAGAAGACUGGAGAUAUUC